AUGCCUUUCUUGGAGAUCAGUUAUUUACGUUCAAAAAACAUUUUGUUAUUCUCUAAACGUUUCCAAAGUUUUUUUAAACAGCAAUGCAGAAACAGCAGCAAGAAACAGGGGCGUUGGACACAUACACCAAGGGAAUUAUCAGGAACAGAUAAAGCAUUGGAACAUUUUGACAUAUUCUAUAAACCAGUGUACAGAGAGAUUUGGCCAUCCAUCAGAAUAUCUCUCCUGACAACUCAGAAGUACUGUGCUUUAAUAAACAAUUAUGGAGAUGUUGAAGGAGCUGUAGACAAACUUAGCCAGCUAGGAGCAUGUGAUAUAUUACAAGAUGCUGCUGAAGUUUUACAAAGUGCUGAUUCUCCUUAUGUAAAGGGUGAUGACAUUUUUAGUUUUACACGGGAAUCAUCAAAAAGUCCUGAGAGUGAAAUUGAUGAAGAAGACGAUGAAUCAGACACGACUCCAACAGAAGAGGAACAGUUGCUAACUCUACUGAGAUAUGAAAAGAAUACAAGUUUAGAUAAUUUUGUGCCUGUAAAAAGAGUUUAUACUGAGAGGCAACUAAAUGAACAAGAAGAUUUAGUGAAAAGUACCUAUCAACCAUCAGGAGUUCCUAUAAAUAUUAUACAUGAGGGUUCUGUCCAGAUUCCACAGAAUCUCGGAGUUUAUGCUUUCAGGAAAGGAGACACCAGUGAUUACCCUUCUCCGGCUGGCAUCAAUGAUGGCAGACUGGAAUAUUUCUUGAUGGAUGGGGCUUCCAUUUUACCUGUCAUUGCCCUUGACCUCCAGCCAUCAGACAAUGUCCUUGACCUUUGCUCAGCUCCAGGAGGAAAGGCUUUGGCAAUGAAGCAGACAAUGCUACCAGAAAGUAUUUUCUGUAACGAUAUAUCUGGAUCACGAUUAAAACGCCUGCAGAAAGUCAUACGAAGUUACAUACCAGAAAAUAUGACAGAUGACAUCACACUUAAACAACAAGAUGGACGUCAGAUGAAGACACCCAUGUUUAGUAAGGUACUGGUGGAUGUACCCUGUAAUACAGACCGACAUGUGCUGUUGGAGGAAGACAAUAACCUAUUCAAGAGUGGCAGGGUUGGAGAGCGCCUUCAGCUCCCUAUAGUCCAGCGUGACCUUCUUGUGGCUGGUAUACUGUCAUGUGUACAGGGCGGAUCUGUUGUCUAUUCCACGUGUACCCUGUCAGCAGCACAGAAUGAUGGUGUCAUUCAGUCAGCCCUGGAGUACAUAUGGCAGGAGACAGAUAUCAAUGUGGCAGUGGUGGACCUCAACCACAUGGCGAAGGCUUUCAGUAAAACAUUCAGGUUCUGGAGAAACAGUAGGCUGGGACAGGUUGUGCUCCCAACUCUGAGCUGUAACUUUGGACCAAUGUAUAUAGCUAAACUUAAAGUAUUAGAAAGACCCGGGUAAAAUAAAAACAUUGUUUUACUUUA